GUUGUCGUUCCUUAGCGGAAGUAACAUAAAUUCCAAAGAUGGCGGACCCCUUAUGUCUGCUGUCUUUGGUCUUCGUUCUUUUGUUAUACUUCGAUCGAGGGAAAUGUAGCUUGACUUUGGAGAAAUGUAACGAGCUUGGUUUUAACACGGGUCUGAUGUGCAGUAUGUGUAGAGAACUAGGUGAAUUUAACCUGAAUCCGCUAGAGGAGUCAUGUCUAGCCUGUUGUGAUGAAGAUAGUGAUUCAGGAAGUGAUUUAAAGACCUUUCCAUUUGCUGAACUUCAUGUGUGCAGCUGAAAAUUGGGAAGGUUUCCACAGGUUCAGGCAUUUGUCAAGAGUGACCGAGUUAAACAGUUUCCUGGUUUGAAUGUGAGGUACGUCCGCGGCGCGGACCCUAUCAUCAAGCUGUUGAACGAAAAACGUGAUGUGGUCGAGACUCUUGGAAUUGACAAAUGGAACACCGACUCUGUGGAAGCCUUCUUUAAGGAGAGGCUCAGGAAAUAAAGGGCUGGCCCCCUUAUUCAGGUCUCUAAAGUUUACAAUCAGUUUCAUCAAUAUAUUCUAAUGCACUGUACAACCGAAAACCUGGUAGAAUUCAGCGACUCAUGAUGGCCUGAAUUGUGUGUGAAACUGAUGCUGAACCAUAGGCUCUCUAUGAAGGUCUGACAGCAAAGCCUUAUAGGUAUGACAGACUGGAUGCCUUAUGAACCUGUGGUUCAAAACUUUUGGGGCAUGACUAUAAUAUCUUGUAAAUUAUUUUCUGUGAAGGUUCAACUUGAUUAAUUUAACUGAUGGGUAGAGAAACAGAUAUGUUAAAAGGACAACAAAAACAUUUGGUUUUAUAAGACAGAUUUCAUAAAAUAAUCUGAAUAUUCAAAGUGUUCAUGUCUUCCUAAACCUUCAUAUUCUUUGGUUAAAUACUGCAGUCUUAUGGAUUUUCUCAAUCAUAAUCUGAAUGCUUUUAUUUAUAAAAUGAAAGAUGGAAUUGCCUUCAUUGGACAUUUGCUUUAAUACAUAACUAACUUAUGAUAAAGAGUGUAUGAGAGUGCAUGCAAAGUCACAACUGUCAAAAUCAUAUUUUAUGAAAAUAAAUCCAAUAUUUCAUAA